AGUGACGCCCUCCUUGCUUACGGCGGAAGUUCCCUGCCCCACCCGUAAGAAUUGAGGUUUGACUAGAGGCAAGUGAGGAUCUGCCCCGGCUUGUUGUCCACUGCUCCACCUCCGGUUGCUGCCGGUGCGGUUCUUGAGACUCAGGUAGUUUUCCUUUUGCUAUCCACCUGCGGCGCAGGCAUUGGCAGCGUUUUGCCGGAUUGCCGCUGGUGCGGGAGUGAGAGAUGGACCACACAUCCCCGACCUACAUGCUUGCUAACUUAACCCACCUACAUUCUGAACAACUUCUGCAGGGUCUGAAUCUUCUUCGUCAGCAUCACGAACUCUGUGACAUUAUCCUUCGAGUAGGUGAUGUUAAAAUCCAUGCUCACAAAGUGGUCCUGGCCAGCAUCAGCCCAUAUUUCAAAGCUAUGUUCACUGGAAACCUUUCUGAAAAAGGGAACAGCGAGGUUGAGUUUCAGUGCAUUGAUGAAACUGCUUUGCAGGCCAUUGUGGAGUAUGCCUAUACGGGGACUGUUUUUAUUUCACAGGACACAGUGGAAUCGCUCCUUCCAGCAGCAAACUUACUACAAAUAAAACUUGUCCUGAAAGAAUGUUGUGCAUUUCUUGAAAGCCAACUGGAUCCUGGUAACUGUAUUGGAAUUUCUCGUUUUGCAGAGACAUAUGGUUGUCAUGACCUUUAUUUGGCAGCCACUAAAUACAUAUGCCAGAAUUUUGAAGCUGUUUGCCAGACAGAAGAGUUUUUUGAGCUUACCCACGCUGACUUGGAUGAAAUUGUUUCCAAUGACUGUUUGAAUGUAGCUACCGAAGAGACUGUUUUUUAUGCCCUUGAGUCCUGGAUCAAGUACGAUGUACAAGAACGCCAGAAAUACUUAGCACAGCUACUUAACAGUGUGCGAUUACCAUUGCUGAGUGUGAAGUUUCUCACCAGACUGUAUGAAGCAAACCAUCUUAUUCGCGAUGAUCGCACCUGUAAACAUCUUUUGAAUGAAGCCCUAAAGUACCACUUUAUGCCUGAACAUAGACUCUCUCAUCAGACGGUACUGGUGACACGGCCGCGCUGUGCUCCCAAAGUGCUUUGUGCAGUGGGAGGGAAAUCUGGACUGUUUGCCUGUUUGGAUAGUGUGGAGAUGUACUUUCCUCAGAAUGAUUCUUGGAUUGGUUUGGCACCCCUACGCGUUCCUCGCUAUGAAUUUGGAAUAUGUGUUUUAGACCAAAAAGUGUAUGUUAUAGGUGGUAUUGAAACUGAUGUGCGUCCUGAUUUCACUGGCAGAAAACAUGAAAAUUCAGUAGAAUGCUGGAAUCCUGAUACGAAUACCUGGACUUCUCUCGAGAGAAUGAAUGAGAACCGAAGUACUCUUGGAGUAGUAGUACUUGCAGGAGAACUUUAUGCUUUAGGUGGUUAUGAUGGACAGUCUUACUUACAGUCUGUAGAGAAGUAUAUUCCCAAAAUAAGAAAGUGGGAGCCUGUGGCACCAAUGACUACAACACGAAGUUGUUUUGCCGCAGCCGUGCUGGAUGGAAUGAUCUACGCCAUUGGUGGGUAUGGUCCCGCCCACAUGAACAGUGUGGAGCGUUAUGAUCCAAGUAAGGAUUCCUGGGAGAUGGUUGCAUCUAUGGCAGAUAAAAGGAUUCACUUUGGUGUGGGUGUCAUGCUGGGCUUUAUUUUUGUGGUGGGUGGACAUAAUGGUGUCUCACAUUUGUCCAGCAUUGAAAGAUAUGACCCUCAUCAAAAUCAGUGGACUGUGUGUAGACCAAUGAAAGAACCCAGAACAGGAGUUGGUGCUGCAGUCAUUGACAACUACCUUUAUGUAGUCGGUGGUCACUCAGGGUCUUCCUAUCUGAACACUGUGCAGAAAUAUGACCCUAUCUCAGAUACGUGGCUGGAUUCAGCCGGCAUGAUAUACUGUCGCUGCAAUUUUGGUUUAACUGCACUUUGACAAGCGUGGGCUCAUGGAAACAGUGAAGUGACGAACCUGUGUCGCAUGAAAGGAUGCCCAAGUUCCUGAAACCCAAAAACUGCAUUGCUUUCUUUUUCACUUGAAGUGGCAUGAAGACUCAGAAUUUUGUUGGGUACUUUGACAAGUAGCUUUGGUUGCUCUUGAUUACACAGUGAAUCAAUAAAAAAAAAAAAAAAAAAAAAGGAAACAUCUUGCCAAUUGAAUCGUGCACUCUCCCUCUCCCCCCAAUUCUGGAAUAGUUUUGUGUUCAUGAGUGUACAUGUGGAGAAAACCUUCCUGCUUUUUAUUAUUAUUUUAGUUCUUUCCCUCCUUGAUAUGCACCAUGAUUUAGGUGAGUGAUACUUAGAUGUUCAAGUGUAUUGAAUGACUGGACACAGUGCUGAUUUUGUCUGUUGGGUGUGAAUUCAUAUGCUUCACAUUUUAAAUAAAGGGCUGCUUUUUGGUACUUUUAAGGGGUAUAAAUUAUAUGGCAUUGUGAGUCACGUAGAUGUUCUUCCUGCUCAAAGGCUUAAGGGCUGGGGAUGUAAUAAGUUUGCAAAAAAUGUUUUUACCCUCAUGAUGUUUGGGGGCCUAUUUAAAGAAGAAGUCAGAUACUUACUGUUUCUGCCUUUUUUAUAUGGGCAGGUUAAUGCUGGAUGAAUUAAUUUACUUUCCCAUCCAAGCUAUGCUAAGCAUGGCUAGAAAGAGUUAAGCAUAUCAGUUUAAUAUUUUCGUAGUAGUACAGGAGGCUUCCCAGUGUUGAUGUAAAUAUGUGACAAAUGUUUAGUAUGACCCUUAGUGCAUAUUGAUUUUUUUCAUAUAUCCUUGUAAUAAUUUCAGGUUUUUAAGACCAUUGCUUUUUCAAAACGUUCACAUAUAAAAAUGGUGCUAACUAGGAGCUAUUACAAGGCUAUAACGAUGUUCUUUUGGAUGUUCAGUGUAAGAUAUGCAUGACAUGUUUUGAUAGUAUUUUUCAUUUAUACUGGCUUGAUUCAUUUGUGCUUAUUAAAAACAUUAGUAAUUAUACUAGUGUUAACAUCCAAAAAUUAUCCAAAUGCCUGUUAUGCUUUUUAUGGUUCCUGAAUAGGGAUUUAGAGAAAGAUACAUUUUUUUUUAUCUUCUUUCUUCUUGUGCUAGAUAUUACAUGUCCUCCUUAAAACCAGAAAUGUAUGCAUUAAAUAUAAAGCACUAGGCAGUUAGUUAUGCAUUAUUUUGUACACGUCUUAGGUAACUGAAUAUUUUAAAGUUAUUGAGGAAAACUGGAACUCAAUAUUUACUUGAGUAAUGGUUCUACAUUUGGUUCUACUUUGACUAAAGAAAUGAUCUUUCAAAGCAAAUUGUUUGCUAUAGUCAAGUGACAGCUUAUUUAAAAGAAGUGGUUGACUCAUUUUGUUUUAGCAUGUUUGGUAAAUGUCUGUUAGUCUUGAACACAUUGCCUUGCAUUUUAUUAGGUAUUGGUACUUUUAUUUUUGGUACUGUAGUCAUUUUCUUUUCCAUGACUUUUUUUUUUUUUUAACCUGUCCCCAUCUCUUUAUAGUCUCUGCAAAACCAGUGUAUAUUUGUUUCCUCUGAAAAAUUCAUACUGCAUUCUUAAGUGCCAUAAUGUUCUAAACUAUUGUUAAGAAGCCAUUUGUAAUCAUAAAAUGUAAGUUCAUUUGUUAGUAUAUAUGUUAUUUCUUGAAAACUAUUUAUAGCCAGGCAAUUUGCAGUUUUCCUUGUUCUUCCAUACACUGCUAGUUGUAGAUUUAAAUAUAUACUACAAAACUAUGUAAAAAUCACCUUUAAUCAUAAGUACUAUCAUGCUUUAUGAAUAUUUGCACAGAUUGUAAAACCUUGCAAGUGAUUUUUAGCCUCUUCUAAUUAAGAACUCAACAGGAGCUACUAAUAAAAUUGACAGGCUGAGUAUUUUCUAUAUUGCUUUGUUUAAAUAAUGAUAUAUAGCAAUAACUUUUUAAUUGAUUUGAAUAAGUCUAUUGAAUAGAAACAAGGUGCACUAUUGUGAUAGGCCUAGAUUUUAUUUAAAGAAAAGCAAUUUAAAAUAGAUUCCAUCACAUACUUAAUUUUAAAUCCCUGACUCAAUUUUCCUUCUGUUUAUAUGGAAGUUGUUAAAUACAUCUUAUUACUCUAUUUUUAAUCCUUUCUCCCCAGAAGGGACUUUGAAAGACUAGAAAAUUAUUUUAAUUAUAAACAUAUCUAUAGUAUACGUUUUAUUUUAACAAUGUUUUAUUCAAUGUGUCAUCCCCACUAUCAAAUUAGUAUAAAAUAAUCAUUUGCUAAAUUAGAUCAAAGACAUAUAUCUAUCAUUGUUUUGGAAAAAUCUGAAUUUUGUGUUGAAGAAGAAUAAAUAUAAAACAUUUGGGACAAUAGUAGGAGCCGUAUUCCAGAGAACAAAUUACAAAAACCUGUGCAAGGAAGAGAAAAACCAAAUUUAGAAAUAUUUAUUUCAGGUUUGCUAAUCCUACUGUACUGUUCAUAAUAAGUAUUAUUAAUGUGACCUAACAACUGAUAACUUUACAAUAGGACCUUCUUGUACAGAUUUGUGACAAGCUUCAUCAUGAAUACUCUGCUGACAAAUUGUGAAUUUAAAGCCACAUAUUUCUUAUUAAAAAGGGUAAAGAUAUUUGAUUAUAAAUUCCCAGGGUUAAAGAUAUUAGAAAUAAUUUUAUAUCAUCAGGCAAGAAGGAGUCACCUAUUUAAGAUUGCCCAGGAAUAUUUUUGAAAGAAGUGACAGUGGGAAAUAGUAAUUGUCUAAUUAAUUAAUUGGAAGAUAAUUGCCUUCUAUAAUGAUUUUAUGAAGACUUAAUCUGUUAGGAAUGUUUGGCUGUUUAAUAUUUGUUGAAUAUAGUAAUAGAAUUUAAGUGAUUUUUAAUGUAGCCCAAAGGAUAUUUAUGUAAGUUCCAUAUGUUAAUGCUAAUACUAUUUUAGAUAUGAAUGAAUAUUAAAUUAUAGGAAGUGAUAUAAGUGAUAGGAAAAUGGCAUUCAUUAGGUUUUGAGAAAUUAUUUUGAUAGCUUGACAAAUAUGGCGGGUGUACUAUAUGUACGAGAUACUGUGCUAGAUGCUGUUGGGGCUAGAAAUCUAAAUAAGAUGCAGUCUUUUUACUCAAAAGAAUAAAAUAUAGUGAAGGAGAUCUGUACCCAAAUAACUAUUGGGUUGUCGGAAAAGUCCUGACGCAUUUUUGCAACAAGAAACAUAGAAAAAAUAUGUCAUGACUUUUCCGAAAACCCAAUAGUAUCAUAAAGUGUGAAUCUAAUUCCUUAUCUCCAACAUCAUAAGAACUAAUUAGAGACCCAGUUUAUGUAUAAAUAUUUGUGUCUUUUAGUGUCCAGUGUUUUGUUGACAUGAAAAAGAAUUAUAGAAAACCUAAUGUUUAUAGAACUCCCAAUUUCCUGGAAUUGGAUAAUAUAUUUUCUAGUAGAAAAACAUAGUUAUAGAAACUUAAAAAAAAAGUACUUAACUACAUUAUUAAGGCUCUGGCAGACAUUGAAGGAAAUAUAUGUACAUGUAAUGCUGUGUUUUCAGUUUUGGUGUAGGGUUUCUGGUAUUGUCACCUAAGUGCUCAUUUUCAGGAAAAUCAGAUUCUACAAUAAAUAUACUGCUUAAAGUUCAAUAAACUUGUGAGAACCUCUAUAACCUCUGUAGUCUGAAAGUGAAGAAAUUCUAAGAUGUCACAUGUCAGUUAACAUCCAGUUCUACCUUUUAACCUUUUUUCCUUUGUAAAACUGCACUUUAAAUUAGACAUGAUUUAAUUAGAUACAGUUAUUCUAUGGCUGGAUAUAUAUUGGAUUUUCACUCACAGUAUAUUGAGUCAGUGUUUAAACAUAUUUGAGAAGAGUGAGGGAUACAGUAAGUUUUAAGUACUAUAGGUUUACAAGUUUUCUUACUGGUAUGAAUAUGGAGUCAAACAAAAAUCCAGUUUACAUCUCUGCAGAGAGAAAAAUUGUUAUCCAUAUGUCUUUUAUAUUACACAUAUUUAACUAGAGAUAAUUUAUUGUUAAUUUUGUCAAGUUAUAAUGUGUAAGUUCCAUUUAUUUUAAAAUACCAAGCAAAAAGUUCCAAGUUUGCCUUAAAAUACAAGUGAAAUUAAAGAACUGGAUGAUAAUGCCUAUAUUUUUGCCUUAUGAAUUGUGCUGUAUCAUAAA